CCCCGACAAGAAAGGAGCAGGUCUCCCUCGGCCGCGCGGGCCGCCCGGAGGGAAAACGGAGGCGGACACAGUGCGGGGAGAAACACGAGCUGAAGCCGGAGCCUGGGGUCUCGCGGGCCGGGGCCCGCUGCGGGGUAAGGCGCAAGGAGCGAAGCUUUGUGUUUAAAAUGGAAGUUGAUGUAAAUGGAGAGUCCAGAACUGCCCUCUCCACCCUCCCUGUGCCUCUUGCAGAGGUGAGUUCUGCAGCCAGGAUGGAAGCAGAAAGGCCACGCUGUUCCAGCACCCCCUGCUCACCAUUACGGCAGACAGUUGCAGGAUAUCAGAUCCUUCACAUGGAUUCUAACUACCUGGUUGGCUUUGCAACUGGAGAGGAGCUGCUAAAACUAGCCCAUAAGUGUACAGGAAGUGAGGAGAAUAAAGGAGAAUCUGGUCCUAACUUGGGCUCCAAACAUAUUGAUUCAGGACUUCCACGUUCCUCGCGUUUGUACAAAACUAGAAGUAGGUACUACCAACCAUAUGAGAUCCCAGCAGUAAAUGGAAGGAGGAGACGACGAAUGCCCAGCUCAGGGGAUAAAUACAGUAAAGCUUUACCCUAUGAACCUUACAAGGCACUUCAUGGUCCCCUGCCUCUCCGUCUUUUGAAAGGUAAAAGGUCUCAUUCAAAAUCACUGGACUACCUCAAUUUAGACAAAAUGAACAUUAAGGAACCUCCUGACACAGAAGUGCUACAAUACCAGCUCCAACACCUUACUCUUAGAGGGGAUCGUAUGUUUGCAAGGAAUAGCACAUGAGCUAUCAUCUCAAAUUUAGAAAUGGUUUCUGAUCUUUUCUCUGUUGCUGCAAAAAUCCACUGUUGUACUGUGUACAUAACUUUCCACAAUAUAAGUGGUUUUAUCAGGUCAGUGUUACCAGAAAGUAAUUUAUUUGAAUACAGUCUUGACAGAUGCAAAUACUUGGAGAGAGAAAUCUUUGCUGAUAAAGCAACUUCUGAUGCAGAUUUGACUGCAACUAGUGGAUAUUUCUUUGGACGCAUUUUAACAAAAAAAAAGCUUUUGAUUUUUGGGAUUUUUUUUUUCUGUACUGCUUCAUCUAGUAUUUACAGUAAUUCAACACUGAAAAAUUGGUGAUGUCUGCCUGGUUGUUUCUAAUUUUGGCUUGAUGUUAGAUACUGCUUUUGGAUAAGUACUCAAGGAGUAUUUUUGGGUUUUCUUUUUGUUUCUGUAGUAAAAUGUAUGGGUUUUACUUAAAACAUGAACAGGAAAGUUAGCUUGACUGGAUGAAUCACUUGCUAUUUAAACAGUCCAAUUUAUUUUGAGACUGCGCUUGUGUUGGUGAUGUGGGUGAGAUUCAUUUGUAAUAGAAAACUUUGCUACUUGAAUCCUAUUAAAUUAUUUUUUUAGUUUCUGCAUGAAAGCAAUUGCUUUAUCCUUUUUAUUCUGUAAAACAUGUUCAGAAUAAUUAUUUCAGUUAUUUAAAGCAAAUCUUUUAGGAAGUGCAGGUCGUUUUUUGUUUUUUUGUUUUGUUGGGGUUUUUUUUACAUUGUCUUGAGACAAACUGGAAUGUGUGUACUGGUAUGUUGGUAAUGUUUUUGAUUUUGUGAUUUUCAUUUCAUCUAUAGUAACAGAAGGUGUCAACUUCAACAUAUCUUUGGAAAUUUGACUUGAAGCACUGAACACGAGCCCUGGAGGGCAAAUUGUUUCUUGACAAGAGUGCAAGUAAAAUAUUUCUUGUCAGCAUUGAAGAGAUGAUCUUGAAUUUUUCAGCAGAAUAAUGCACUGGCUUACUUUUGUUACUUAAUGAAUUUUUUUAUCUAAACGUGACAUUAAAUGCAGUUUUCACAGCUGUAUCCUAAGAUUUUGGUAACUUUAGUUUAAAAAUGAAAAAUAGUUUUCAUUCUUUUUUUUUAGGUGCAGUCUUUUGCUGAAGAAGUGCAAAACUUGAUUUUGCCUGAUGAUCUCUGCAGAAGUUAAAAAUAAUUUCAUAUUGCUUUGAAACGUGAAUUAUUUGAUCAAUUGUUUCUGAUAGAGUUAAGAUUUUUAUUUGUUUCUUUGUUCAUUGCUCAGAAUUACUAGAAAGCACUAGUUAGUGCAUGUGCUCUGGAAAAUGAAGAGUUCUUAGUCUAUCACUCAACACUUUAAAUUAAGGCAGUCCACUACUAAGCAUUUUGUGGUUUGGUUAUUUUUUUUUAGGUUUAUUAGAAAAUACCAAAAAAAAAAAAAGUGUCUUUUUCAAAGUUAACUACACUAAUUUAAAGUGUAAAUUUAAUGUAUUGAACAAUGAUCUUGAAAGUAAAGUCUUCCUCUAUAGCCUUUAGUUUGAAAAACAGAAUAUGGUUGAUGCCAAAGAGAUAGGGGAUUUGUUUAAGGAAUAAACACCACUGUUUAUUGAAAUAUCAACUUAAAUUGUAUUUCUG